CUUCAAUCCUCUCGUCGACAACCGCACGACACGACAAUACCGCCCACCAUGUCUUCCAAGGUCAAGGCUGGUCAGCUCUGGGGAAAGAGCAAGGAUGAUCUCACCAAGCAGCUCGAGGAGUUGAAGCAGGAGCUCAGCCAGCUCCGCGUCCAGAAGAUCGCUGGCGGUGCCUCGUCGAAGACCCAGAGAAUCCACGACGUCCGCAAGUCGAUUGCUCGUGUCAACACCAUCAUCAACGCCAACCAGCGUGCUCAGCUCCGCCUGUUCUACAAGAACAAGAAGUACCUCCCUCUCGAUCUCCGCCCCCAGUACACUCGUGCUAUCCGCCGCCGCCUUACCAAGCACGAGGCUACCCUCAAGACCGAGAGACAGAAGAAGCGCGAGAUCCACUUCCCUCAGCGCAAGUACGCUGUUAAGGCCUAAAUUGAAGACGGGUCGUGUCUGGAUUUAGAUGGAGUUCCGGGAACGUCGUUAUAAAGAUGACGGUUUGGACCACCUUGUGUGGGUCGGUUGCACCAAAAACGUCUUUUUAAAAGAAAUUGAUUAUGUAUCUUAGAAAAAAGAUGCAAGUCAAUAUUAAAUUAAGGCUUUAUUUGACAUGACAAUGAUAAUGCACGACUUCCGACCGCGAUAUGGCAACUUUUCCUAUAAUUUGGACCCUUGGGGCUGAUGGCCUAGGCCGAGGUCUUACCUGACUGACACUCAUAUUAUUCAAGUAUCACUUGCGAAUCAGAGGAAUUUUAUAGUGUUCCGCUAGUUCAACCAUCCCUGAAUGUCGCAUGCACAUGGUUCAGCAAAAGCAUAUAAUCCUACGUAGUCCUAGGCCUCUACUGCUACACAGUUUUUAUGCUCCUAGGCACCUCUAUCUAUUAGGACAUCAUUUAUCGUUUGCAAAA